ACCACUCUUCCGGUUUCUGAAGUUAAGGCUGGUGUCCUGGGUCCCAUGCACCUCUAGGAGCGCCCGCGCCGCUUCGCGGGGAGCACUUGGAUCUCACAGGCUCUCAGAUUUCCGAACCUGAAGAGUUUUCCAAUCAAAGCGAUAAAUCGAUCUGUGGAUGUUGACUAUGCAAGGAGCUGAAGAGAGAGAGAUUACAAGAGAGACUUGUCCAGGCUGGGUAAAUAAGAACAAGCCUGUUCCAGAGCAAGAAGUCUGUAAAACUGACUCAUCAGGCAUAGUAGUAAAGAGUUUCCAAGGGAAUGAAUACCAGGAUUCUACAUUUGAAGAAAAAUAUGCAUGUGAGGGCAUGAAGGAAAACUCUGCUAGAGAGAUUCCUGGAUCAUGCCUUUUCCAGGAAGGAGGUUUUGGGGCAAUAACUUUCAUCCACAAAGAAGCACCCCCUACAAUUAUCAGUCAAGAAUAUAAUUUAGAGAAAAGCUUGCUUUUGACCUCAAGCCUUGUUACACAUCUCAGAGUUUCUACAGAAGAGAGUCUGCAUCAGUGGGAAACAAGUAAUAUACACAGCAAUGAUAUUUCAGACCAAAGUAAAUGUCCAACUCUCUGCACACAGAAAAAAUCGUGGAAAUGUAAUGAAUGUGGAAAAACCUUUACUCAGAGCUCAUCCCUUACCCAACAUCAGAGAACUCAUACUGGAGAGAGACCCUACGCAUGUGAGAAAUGUGGGAAAGCCUUUAGUCGUAGUUCAUUCCUUGUUCAACAUCAAAGAAUUCACACUGGAGUGAAACCAUAUGGAUGUGAGCAUUGUGGGAAAACAUUUCGAUGUCGAUCAUUUCUUACUCAGCAUCAAAGAAUUCACACUGGAGAGAAACCUUAUAAAUGUAAUGAAUGUGGGAAUUACUUCCGCAAUCACUCACAUCUCACUGAACACCAGAGAAUUCACACUGGAGAGAAGCCUUAUAAAUGUAAUAGCUGUGGGAAGGCAUUCAAUCAGAAUACACACCUUAUUCAUCAUCAGAGAAUUCACACAGGUGAGAAGCCUUACAUAUGCAAUGAAUGUGGCUCUUCUUUUCGAAAACACUCAAAUCUUACACAACAUCAGAGAAUUCACACUGGGGAAAAACCCCAUAAGUGUGAUGAAUGUGGGAAAACUUUCCAAACAAAGGCAAACCUCUCUCAGCAUCAGAGAAUUCAUACUGGAGAGAAACCCUAUAAAUGUAAAGAAUGUGGCAAAGCCUUUUGUCAGAGCCCAUCUCUUAUUAAACACCAGCGAAUUCAUACUGGAGAAAAACCAUAUAAAUGUAAGGAAUGUGGCAAAGCGUUUACUCAGAGCACCCCACUCACUAAACAUCAGAGAAUACACACAGGGGAGAGACCCUACAAAUGCAGUGAAUGUGGUAAAGCCUUCAUUCAGAGCAUUUGCCUUAUUCGGCAUCAGAGAAGUCACACUGGAGAAAAACCCUAUAAAUGCAAUGAGUGUGGAAAGGGCUUUAAUCAGAACACCUGCCUCACUCAGCAUAUGAGAAUUCAUACGGGAGAGAAGCCCUAUAAAUGUAAAGAAUGUGGGAAAGCCUUUGCUCAUAGUUCAUCUCUUACUGAACAUCAUAGAACUCACACUGGUGAGAAGCUCUAUAAAUGUAGUGAGUGUGAGAAAACCUUCCGCAAGUACGCACACCUUAGUGAACAUUACAGAAUUCACACUGGUGAGAAGCCUUAUGAGUGCAUUGAGUGUGGAAAGUUCUUCAGACAUAGUUCAGUCCUUUUCAGACAUCAGAAACUACAUAGUGGUGAAUAAUACUGGCAUUUAGGUUAUGACAGUUUCUGUAGUGAGCAUGACUGGGAGUAGAGGGGCAGGUAGGGUUCCUGGAGGGAAGGAUGAAGGAGACUUGGCUACUGCACUCUGAGAAGAAUAUUUCCAGAAAUGGAGGUGGGAGCUGAGGGAAUGCAAAGCCUACUCCAGGUGGACAUCUGGGAAUACAGGGUAGAAAGAAGUUCCUGCUUUUCAGAUAAAGCCUGCACAUUGCUGCUGUCUUCCCAUGUGACUCUUACAGCUUGAAGAGGCGUUUGUGAAGUUAGCACUUCUGUUCCCUUUACUACACCCUGCCCCACCUUCUGACUUGUUACCUUCUCGUUGGCUGGCAGAUUGAGAUGUUUUUCUUAAACACUGCCUCUCAGUGUGAAGUGGCACACUUCUGAUGUAGUGCUAAGUGUAAGUAGCCUCUGGAUAUUUGAGGCAGCCCUGACCAUGCUACCAUGGGGGAGGCUCCCAGCCUGUGGAAGUGGUACUGUGAAGAGGAGACAGUAACAGUUGACAACCAAAAAAAUCCAUAUUCGUUCAUCUAAAAAAUGAGAUAUUAAGCAACAACUGGGUUGACCUCUAUAGAUCUGCUAGUAAAGGAUUCAUUAUCCAGGUGAAGAUCCUUCCUGAUUCUUCCAAGCUUUAAGGUGACUCAGCUAAGAAUGAAAUAGGGGAUCAAGUUAGAAUUCAUGGUGUUGGUUUAUGGGAAGGCAGUCAUACCUGUUCGGAGAACCAGGAAGACCCAAUAUCUAUCUCAAAGGAAUAAUGGUUACCCAGGAAAGAAAUGGGUCUGUAAUCCCAGCUACUCAGGAGGCUGAGGCAGGAGAAUUGCCUGA